GCUUCCUCCCUCCAUCCCUCCAUCCUCCCCCACCUUCCCUCCAUCCCUCUCUCCAUCCCUCAAUCGGACACUAAUGUCACCCGUCCAUCCUUCCCUCCAUCCCUCCCUCCCUCCCUCCCUUCCUCCCUCUGCCUGCGCAGAGCCGCCGACAUGGCGCUCAGCAAUUUCCUCUUCGCUCAGUGCAUCUGCUACUUCCUGGCCUUCCUCUUCAGCUUCAUCGUGGUGGUGCCACUCUCCGAGAAUGGCAACGACUUCCACGGCCGGUGCCUGCUCUUCACCGAGGGCAUGUGGCUCAACGCCAACCUGACGGUGGAGAGGCAGCGCUUCACCGUGCAGGAGUGGGGGCCCGAGGCUGCCUGCCGCUUCAGCAUCUUCACCGGGCUCCUCUCCCUGCUGCUGGCCACAGUGCAGGCCUGGAGGACCCUCUUCUUCCUCUGCAAAGGGCACGAGGACUCUUUCUUUUAUGCCUUCCUGAAUCUGCUGAUCAGCGUCUUUGUGGUGUUUAUCACAUUUAUUGCUAGCACUAUAGUGAGUGUAGGAUUUAACAUGUGGUGUGAUGCAAUUACUGAAAAAGGAAGCAUGCCAAAUAGCUGUGAAGAGUUACAGGAUAUAGAUCUUGAACUGAACUUAGAAAACUCUGCUUUCUACGACCAGUUUGCUAUUGCACAGUUUGGUCUCUGGGCUGCCUGGCUGACUUGGCUGGGAAUUACUAUUCUGGCUUUCCUGAAGGUUUAUCACAACUACAGACAGGAGGACCUGCUAGAUAGCCUGAUCCAUGAGAAGGAGCUGUUGCUAGGAAGAUCCUCUUCACGAACCUCAUUGCAAGAUGAGAAAAGUGGCAUGAUCUAAAGUGUAAGCCAAUUUCCAGGGCAGGAUAUAGAUUUUAUUAUUCUGUAGCGUGAGCUGCAAUUGAGUCAGGGUAUUGAGUGAGUGAGAUCUUUUCUUUCCUGAAAGGAGAUGUACUUGUGAAUCACCCACUUCCUCCAUGAGAAAUUGUUGGCAGAAAUACUUUUAUUAGGAUACAGAGAAUAAGUGGCCCCAUGUGCCAUGGGCACAGCAAACUUUCUGUCCUAAGCAGGCACAAUCUGUAACUGACUCUUGCUGUCAGAGCUCCUAUGUGCGAUCACUGGCUUUUGGGGAAGGGGAUCAUUUUUGAGGACUCUGCUGGCAAGACCCAGCUAUAGAGUCUAGGCUAUUUCUUCAAACUAUUCUCCAUCAGCAGUUGUAACUGGGGCUGGGUCUGGUCCCUCCUUUCUCCCUCUCCCCCCUUUUACCAUUGAAGCUGCCCCUAUUCUCACUUUAUUCUGGGUAAUUGCAGCUCGGGUCCGGGUACAGACUCUUGCUGUCUCUGCUUUUGCUAUGUGUGGACACAGCGCUGACAAACCACUUGCUCCUGCUCUGAUUUUGAGUUCAUUUAGAACAUAGAGACCUGUGUACCAGACUUGAUAUUUAAUACUGGACAGUGUUAAUGAAUUUUGUGAAACCACUAAAUUAUUGCAUUAUCUGCCAAAAGCUGUUUAUCGUUUGGAAGGAUGGUGGAGAAUUUUUGUGGUUUUGUUUCUUUUUAGAUUUUGGCAUGACCAACAUUUAUUAUGACUCCUGAAGUGUAGUGUAGCUAGCAACUGCUGAAGCUUGCAUUCUAAGAAAUUACGCUCAAUAGAUAGUAUUAAUGCUUAUGCAUUUAUAAAUGUAACUUAGUCCCUAACAUUGUAUACUAUUCAGUUUUGAGUAUUAGAAUUUACUUGUGAUAUUUAUUUCAUAUAGGGUAUGCAAAAUUACUGUAAACAUUUGCAUUGUAGCUAUCUCUAUAUAUCUGUAAACAUAGCAAGGAGCUCAAAGAGCUGCAUUAUUUUAUAGGGAGUUCAGUGUUGGAAGGGUCUGUACUCCCCACUCAAGGGCAGGAGUUCCAAGGCUGAUGAAUUUUGCUGUGGAAAGGGAGAACUGUUAUUUUCAUAAAGCUCGCUAAUGACUUUGUUGUUGCGUUCAGUUUUGCUUGGCUAGCGCUUCGUCAAAUAAGGUGGAUGGUUGAGAUGAGUAGAUCCGAUAAUUAAGGAGAGUCACUCAGAUGAGUGUGGGAUUUGCAUGGCAGAGAAGUAAAGUUGUACUACAAUUAAGCAGCUCUCCCUGGGUAUGCAUUACAUUGAAGACCCCGAUUUGGCAGAAAACUUCAGCAAGUAGUUAAGUUUAGGUUGAAGAAGAAUUUUUAUGAUCACACAGGCACUGCCUGUGGCAGCUGUUUUUGAGUUGAGACUCAAAUUAUUGCAACAUGAGUGCAAACCCUGCGUACCUACAUUGCCUGGUGAAUAAGAAAGUUGGGGAGAGAAGAGAGCAGGCUUCAGAGCCCAAGCCUGGGGCUAGCACAAUCAUAUAGAUUUACUGUUGUCUUCUGGGGACGAUCGGUGCUUGAAGUUAAGUACCUGCUUAAGCAUUUUGUUGAAACAGAAUUUGAAGUAAUAAAAAAUCCCUGAACUGCUAAGCAUUUAGGGCAUAAAAUCUAACAUUACAUUUAACAGCCAUAUUCUCAUAGGUUUAGGGAAAAAAGCCUCCACGGGCUGUAGUCAGUGAGCUGGUCCUGUGAACAUCAUUUAUAGACCCAGCUGGCCACAGCUAUCUGUAGAGAGAUCUUGUUUUUCAAUGUGAUUUCUGCCCACAAGGGAAUGCAAUUCCUUUGAAAGCUUUACAGGGGUGGCUUUGUUGUAGCUGUGAAUUGACAGCAGAGGAGGAGGUCCCGAAGAGGGAAUCAGAGAUCAAGUUUAGUUAAUACCUAUUUAAAAUUCAGAGAUCAGGACUGGUGGAGUGCCUUUUUUAUUAGUCUCAUCUAAUAAGAGACGCACUCUUGCAGGUACGUAAGCCCUUUGCUUAGGUAUGACCUUCUUCUUCCUACCCUGAAGAAGGGUUGGGUCCUGAAAGCUACCCUGCUUCCUGUGUUUCCCCAGUUGUUUCUCCAACUGUAAAAUACACUACUUCUCCUUCCAAUCUCAUUUUGAAUUUAAGAUUCAGCAGUGACAUCUCCUCCCACAGAUUACUUCAGUGCAUGCCUUACUCCUCACGUGGAACCAUGCUGCUGCUGCUUUGUAUAAUUUAUUUAAUGUAUAUGCCAAAUCAGGCUUGGGCUGAAGUAAUAUAUGGGUUGGGACCACCGUUCCUGGUCUUGCCUGGGGCUUUGAAGAACCAGGAGGCUGAAGACUGCAAGACACCAAGUGUCUCCUCCUCAAUCUUGCUCUGAGAUACCAGGGCUCAAACUUUGUCUCUGGUUCUGAGGAGGAAGAAGAUGCUGCUCAUUGGUGAGGUUGUCUGGAGCCGAUACUUUCUUCUACCUCUGUCCUACCUUUUGUCCUGUCUCGGGGUCUUUUCCUCCUUUUCACUUCCACAAGAAGCAGCAAACACUAGUCCCGGGCUUUCUACACUUGUUGACUUUUGUGGUUAUUAUUUUCACUAGCAUUUGUCACCCCAACCAUCUCCCUGAUUCUUAUCUUCAUUGUUCUGCAGCUCAAUAGACAAAAAGUGGGAUCUUUAAAACACCUGGGGCAGCCAGGAUCCCACCUCCAACUAAAAGCCAAUAGGAAUGAAAUACUUCAGCCUUUGGAAAGUCCAGCCCAGCAGAAGUACAUGUAAAGACUGACCCAUUAACUGUGGCAUCAGGCAAACCUGGUGAUGCCAGACUGAAAAUGUGUUACAAUAGCAGUAUUAUUUAUACACACAUACCUCUUUUGUACACUUCUGACUUCAGCAUUUAGUCAUCCCUUUCCAAACUCACCUUAAUAAAACAUGCACUUGUCCUGUAUUUUCUACUAAAUCCCCAACGCAAAUAGUGGGUUAGAAAGCCCUAGGCUGUUUUAUCAUCUCCCUUCUCCAAAGCCUCCCACCUCAAACACAUUGCAUGUAAAAUCACUUUCACUAUUUACAUGAUAAAUUUAACACAACUCAUGACACUCAUUCAUACUGACAGGACUUAGAGUAUUUUGUGACAAGCCAAUGUGGAUUUUGACAAAAUGUCUUUUCUUCUAAGUCAAUGGCCUGGGUGUGAACAUCCUUGAGUUAAUGGGAAUCCUGUCCUUAUCCAGAGCCUAAAUUUGUGCCUCAGACCAUUUCCUUUGCUGAUGGAAACAGCCCAUUUUUAUCUCAUUGGAAUGUUUGCUUUGGAGACCACGAAUGUCAUUUCCUUAUGCUUAGGCAAUCUGAGAAGAGAGGCAGGUAUUACCUGGCUUGUUUCCACACCUGUAUGCAGUGAGAAAAUACACGUGUAGCAUCAUGAGCAUUGAAAUUGUUUUAGAAUUGUUUCUGUUCAUCGUCCUAAUGCCUCGAAGUAGUGAAUGCUUCUAUUUUUGUCCUCCAUAAGAAAAAGGAAAACUAACCUGAUCUGUAUUUUAAUAUUCACAUAUACAGACCUAAAAGUUUUUUAAUUUUUUUUGAAAUGACAAAAUUCUGCUCAGUAGUUUAUAAAGCUCAGAACUGCAUAGAAGGCAACACUUUGGUGUACUGCUGAUGUAGAAGGGAAAAAACCUCUGCACUCUCUCAGAAAACCUAACAUUUGUUUCUGAGAGGUUACACAGCAAUUUACUUAAUAUAUAGCAAAUACUGCUUGUUUCAAUGCAGGCAUGUACUUGAUGGCAUCUUUCCAUUGUUGUUGGGAAGAGUAUUUACAUAGAAAGGCUUUCUCUUUAGUCUCUGUUGUCCAUGCCAAAGAGUGUAGUUGAACUGCUAUUGCAAACAUAGAUUAAUGUGAAUGUAUUCACCCGAGUGCUUAAACUUUUCUACCUCUCAUAGCUACUGUAACUGCUUGAACUGUUAUUGCACACAAUAGUCAAAAGAACUGAAUCCAUGUGAGAGUCUAAAUCCUAUCUUCAUAGAUUUCUAAAAUAUUUAGGAUUUAACUCUUAUUAGCUUCCUGUUGGGUUCUUGUUCCUUAAAAAUGGGCAUAGGGACCCAAGAAGGGCUUUUGAUUAGUCAAAUAAUAAUUUUACUUUGUUUUGGUUUGGGUUGGAGGUUUUUUUCCAAAGUUUUUUUUUUUUUUUUUCCUCACCAAAACAAAAAGCCAGCAACUGUGAUUUGUUAGACAUGGAAGGUUAUAUGUUACAUGAAAGUUAUACUUUACCUUUCAUAAGGGUGGCAGAAAGCAAUGAGCAAUUUGUUAAAAAGCUUGUUAUGGUCCUUCCCCAUCCCUUCCUGCUGGUAGGUAACCACAAGGUACAGGUUUACUCCUCCCCUCUGCUUUGGGAGACACAAGCCUCCAUCUCCAUGGCAAAUGCUUCCACCUUCCAUGCUUUAUCCUGGAUCCCCCUCAAAUCCUCCUGCUGGAGCUUUCCUACAUGGCUUGAAAUUCCUAAGUAACAAUGUUUUAGCUGGUGGUUCUGGUGUCUAUCAAGGAGACAAAGUACUUGGCAGGAAGCUCUGCUCACUGAAAUAGCUUGAAUUAUUUAUAUAUGGUGGAAAUCCAACUUGAGAAGUUUCUAUUCCCCCUUUCCACUUGACUGUGUUGUAAAGUGAGGGCUGAGAUGACCUGCCAGAGGUGGGAAUGAAGAGUCACUGUUGCUGUUGACCGCCUGGGUGAUUUCUCACACAAGUGAGUAAAUAGUUGUGUGACAAAACUACUCUUUACCUACUUUAUUUGCCUCUCAUUUCCCCCCAGAUUUUGGAAAUUUGACUCCAGUUUGUAUACAGGUACUGAAGAGUAGUUGUGAAUGUGAGAAAAACUGCAGUUCUUAUGGUGAACUUUGCCUUUUGUCAAACAAUAAGUGUGGCAGAAUUUCCCUGUUCUCACUUGGGCUCUUUAUGGUAUGACAUCAAACCCUUCCCUUUCCACAAGCCAGGCCUGAUUUCAGCGACACGUUACUCUAGGAGGUUCCCAAGGUGGGUGCCAGCAGUCCCUCAGGGAACCUGGCGGAAUUAGAUGAGUGCUAUGUUAAACCACAGAUUUUAAGGCAGGGAACUGUGUAUUCCACAUAACACAGUCCAGAUCUCUUCCCCCACUCACUUGUGUAGCAGAGGGAAUUAUUUUUCCCCAAUAACACUGUGAAGUCCAAGAGUUUUCAUCUGAAAUACGGCACAUCUUCCUGCAGCAGCUGGAUCUCAGUUUCACCAGUUAACCCUUUUCACUUUCUGGGCUGUUGCAACUGUUUUAACCAUCAUUGUUAAAACAGUGUUCAACAUUUUAUAUCAAAAGGUGCCAACAGUCUCCUUAUUAAGCUGCAGUCUUCUGGAAUUGCAAGCAGUCCUUUUGCUAAAUGAUGUCUGGAAGCUCUGUGCUGAACAGCAUCCUUGCAGGGGAAGGAUCACUGCAUUGGGGUCCCCAGACAGUGCAGACUGAUGACACCAGAGCAAUUCUGGUCAAACACUCUCUGAAUAAAGCUAUCACUAUUUUUCAGCCCAAGCUACACAACUGAGAAAUCAACAUAUUGUAAUCUGAAGUGCACCCCCAAGAGAUUUUUGAAGGUUUAUAAACAAAACAAAACAACAAUAAAAAAACCAACAGUUCCACUGACAUCUCCUUCCCCUGGAUCAUUUCAUCUCCAAAAACAUUCCUGCAAACUUCACAAAGGGUUUUAUUGCCAUCAAGCUUAUGAGGCAUUAUUUCUCACAUCUCUUCCUACUGGGGACAAGACCUGCUGAGGGGGACAGGAGAGUGCCAUAAAUCAGUAUAGAAAUAGGUAGUGAGGAGAACUGUUAGUGCACGUGCUGUGAGGGAGGCUCCUGGUGUGGCAGCACCUGCACUGACAACACUGACACCAGUUUCACCCCCAACCUGCUUAUGUGGCUUCUCAAACUGCAGAGCAUCUCCUUGAAGGCUGUGUUUGCCUCAACUCAGCUUCUGGAGUGAGCUUCCUGUGUCAGUUGUGUGGACACCUAGUGUAAAGGUACUAGCAUUGCCACCAGGGAUGGAGGGGCUGCUUGGAAAACCUCUUUUUUUUUCCAUGUUGGCAGAUCCAGAUACUCUACAGCUGGCCCUUCACCCUGUGGCAUGUGUGGGGAAGAAAAGACCGUUCCCAAAUCUCUGUAGACUUGUAUUUUUGAAAGGAGCUCAUGAACACUCAUAGUUUUAAAAGGUUUGCAUUUUUGUGUGGUACCACCUGCAAAGAGCUGAAGCUGAUCUUUCUUGCUUCUAAGCCAAGCACAGAGCCUGAAAACAUUUCAGCCUCUCUUAAGUGUAUGUCCUGUGACUUAUGUAUUCGUGAGCUACUGUCUCUACUUAUGGCCACGUGGGAAAAGCUUUAUAUGAGUCUAACCAUCGGGUUAUACUGCUAAAGAAGUCCCUGCAUCAUGGGCAUUUGGGGACAAAACUGAACCCUUUUUCAUAAUUUGUUUAACCACUGAAAGCAGUAGAGGGGCAGAUCCUUCACUGGUGUAUAUAGCUUAGCUUUGUGAGCCACGCUGGAGCCACGCCAGUCCACACAAGCUGAGGGUAGAGCCUGGUCCGUUUUGAAUACUAUCUCUUUUGGUUUGUAUGGUCUUUUGCAGCGUAAUGACUGCUGAUUUGGAGCUUUAAUUGCAUGCAUUUGACAGAAACAGAAUCAGAGUGAGGUUUAUUAUUGUUUUGAUACAGUCUCAGAAAGGAAGCUUUUUACUAGCAUUUUAAUAUAGCCCUUUGUAAACACCUAGCAAAUAAAAAUGUGGAGUCUGAUCCUUCUGCUAAUGGAGUCACCAGCAAAGUUUUCUUUGGCUUUAUUAGGAGUUGGACUGGGUUCAGUAUAAGUGAUACACUCUAGUGUUCCUGAAAAGGAGUUAAUGUGUUUUAUAUAUUGACGCUUUUUGCUGGACAGUGCAUUGGCUUUUUAUGAUUUGGUGAUAUAUACAAAUAAAUUAUUUGAAAAGUCA